AAACAUAGAAACUAUUAACUAAACCCCAUUAACUGAGAGGAUGCAAAUAAAAUUUAAAUUGCAAGUUAACAGACAAUGAGUAUUUGAGUAGGACUCUAGCUCAAGUACUUGCAAAAACUCUACAUUUCUACAUAGUAACCUAUCAUUACACUUGUGAGGUUUAGAACCCGAUAUAAAUUUUGUUGUAUACACAUGUCACACACUCACAUGUAGACUUUGCAGGGGUUAUUGAAGAUGCUUCUCUUGUCUAAUUUCACCCUAUAUUAAAGGGCAGUAAAAUAUCAUCGCCUACAUAGAAGCACUACUAGAGCAAUUACUUGAGCAACUGUCUCACUUCCAUAUCACUUCACUCACGCAACUUCCUCCAAUUCCGUCAUCUAUUUAUACGCCUUUUUUCCAACUUCUUCCAGACCCGCACAACUUCUUUCACCUUUAUUAACAAACUCUCAUCUCAGCUACUCUUUCCGAUAUGGCUCUCCAGGCUCUGAACUCUCCGACCACUCCGCCGCCGUCAGUCUUUCAAUUCGACACCGCCACCACCAGCUUCGAUCAGCGGUGGUCAACGGGGAAGCGAUCCAAACGGCAGCGCAGCGAUGACCUUCAGCCCACCGAGGAAGAGUAUCUGGCUCUCUGCCUUAUCAUGCUCGCUCGAAGCGGUGAUGGGUCUUCGUCUAAACCGGAAUCGGAUUCAAAGCGGUGCCUACAGCCGCCGCUUGCGGCGGCGGCGGGUGCAGCGGAGGCGGCGGAGCAGAGGCUCAUGUACAAGUGCUCUGUUUGCGAAAAGGCGUUCGGGUCUUACCAGGCACUAGGAGGGCACAAGGCAAGCCACCGUAAGCAGGCCGGAGGCGGCGGCGAUGAUCAAUCGAAUUCCUCCACCACCUCCGGUGCCGGCGCCGGUGGAAGGACCCACGAGUGCUCCAUCUGCCACAAGUGCUUUCCCACCGGGCAGGCCCUGGGCGGCCACAAGAGGCGCCACUACGAAGGCACCGUCGGCCACGGCGCCAGAGGCGGCGUUGCUGUGACGUGUUCGGAGGGAGCGGGGUCCACCAACAGCCACCGCAGCUUUGAUCUGAACCUCCCUGCCUACACCGGAAUGUGCCCUGUUUCAGGCGAAGAUGAGGUGGAAAGUCCUCACCCGGCGAAGAAACUGCGUGACCCAAUUGCAACAAAGUUCGAUUUGAUAUAAGAAAACGUGCUAGGAUGUCUAGUUUUCGUAUAAAGCGUUUAAUUUCUUUAUUUUAUUCCAUUUUUGUCGUUAGUUUAUACAAACAAAUUCUUUGUUGUAAAUAUAGUUUGUGCUACUCAAUUAGUAUAUUUAAAUUUAGUUUUAUUUUAGUUAAAUCUAGGGGGGUGUAUUCAAUUUGGAUUGUUGUGGACUUUUUUU